AUGUCAAAGAGUGUAACGGCCUGUGACAUUAUUCUUUGCUCUCAGGACGGGAUGUCAUUUACGAUACCAGCCAACAUCGCAUGGGAACAUAUCGGUCUUCUUAAUGCAUUGGCUCUGCUAGACGAGGGUGGUUGUGCAGAGAUGCCGCCACUGGAACUUGACUACCCCGACCUGGUGGUGAAGUAUGUGUCUGAAUACUUGAUGAACACCGACCGGCGACUUGUAGACAUACCAAAGCCGCUCACAGCUCCAGUGAGUCACUUCGUCAAAGCAUGGGAAAUGGUUUUGGUGCGGGAUAUUGAGAAACAUCAACUCUUGAUUCCAGUACUGGAGUGCUCUACAUAUCUGCGCAUUGACGUGCUGCAUGAUCUUCUUGCUGCCUUUUUGGCGGAGCGUAUUCAAGAAAUCUCAAAAGCUGCACCAUCGAUUAUGGAGGGGGCUGAAAGCCUGCGCCAAUACCUUCAGCUGGAGAAUGAGUGGACGCCGGAGGAGAUGGUACACCUGGAGGAGGAGAUGCGCUAUGCGAAGGAGAUGAACCCUGGGGCCUAUUAA